CUCCUCUCGAGGUUUCAUUUUACGUGUUAUCACAGAGGCAUCAACCCAAAGGAUUUGACAUCGUUUUUCCUGAUUUAACUUUUCGUUAUUUUAUUCACGAAUUUGUAGUAUGUUUUUUGGAUACAUCGUUUUUGAACGUUUUUCUAUGGAAGAACAAGGCAACCAAAUCAUAAUUGAAAGUAAUUUUGACCAGAGGGACUCCUUUAGAGAAUCCUGAUCUCUGCCGUCACCGUCCUGGGUCACUUGCGUAAAGAAUUGGGUAGAGUUCCCUUUGUCUUCACCUCAUCCGUCUUCUUAAAUUUUCACAUUCCAUUUAUCUGGAUAAAAUGGUUGGAUUCAGACCUGCUGACGUGCCCCCAACCGCUGCUGUGAAGUUUAUCGGUGCUGGAACAGCGGCCUGCAUUGCUGACCUAUUCACCUUUCCCCUGGACACAGCCAAAGUCCGGCUACAGAUCCAGGGAGAGGAGAAAGGUGCAGCAGCUAGUCAUGGCACAGCAGUGAGGUAUCGGGGUGUGUUUGGUACCAUCAUCACCAUGGUGCGUACAGAGGGGGCCAGGAGCCUCUACAGCGGGCUGGUGGCAGGGCUCCAGAGGCAGAUGAGCUUUGCCUCCAUCCGUAUCGGCCUCUAUGACUCUGUCAAGUCAUUCUACACCAAAGGCUCAGACCAUGUAGGGAUUGGCAGUCGCCUGCUGGCGGGCUGUACAACUGGAGCCAUGGCAGUCGCAUUAGCCCAACCCACAGAUGUGGUGAAAGUCCGCUUCCAGGCACAGGCUAGUUCCUCUGGGCCAAACCGACGUUACCAUGGUACCAUGCAGGCCUACAAGACCAUCGCCAAGGAAGAGGGCAUGCGUGGUCUGUGGAGAGGUACUGGCCCAAACAUUGCCCGCAAUGCAAUCGUGAACUGCACUGAGCUGGUUACAUAUGACCUCAUCAAGGAUGCGCUUCUUAAAAACACAUCACUGACUGAUGACCUCCCCUGCCACUUCACAUCUGCAUUUGGUGCAGGAUUCUGCACCACUGUGAUUGCCUCUCCCGUGGAUGUGGUGAAGACGAGAUAUAUGAACUCUGCCCUCGGCCAGUACAGCAGCGCCCUCAACUGUGCUCAUGCCAUGGUGACCAAGGAGGGACCUCUUGCCUUCUACAAAGGGUUCAUGCCCUCUUUUCUACGACUGGGCUCGUGGAACGUGGUGAUGUUCGUUACAUAUGAGCAGCUGAAACGUGCCAUGAUGGCAGCCCGCUAAAUCUGUGGCACUCUUCUGUAGACCUGGCUAUUGGCUGCAGUGGAUGGUGAUGCGGUGUUGCUUUUAUUCCAUUUUAACUAUCUUUUGUGGUUUGUCAUUUCCAUUUUAAACCACUUCACUCACCUUUCACUGAAGUGUAUUCCUGAGACUGACGUUUUUUAAGCUCUAACUUUCGACAAUAAAAUAUACUUAAUUAUGA